AUUUCAGAGCAUUAUAUACGUACAGAAUAAACCGUGUUAAGUCAUCAUACUAACUAUCACACACACAAAAAGAAACAAGUCAAGAAAAUCUCUCUUCUCAUCUAAGAUCAUCGGAGGAAAAACUGAGUUGUAUAUGGCAACCAGAUCAAAGAGUUUUCAGUUGAUCACCGGCUUAAAGAAGCACCUCGUUGACAGCGUCUUCCCACGCGCCACCGCGUCUGCUCCCUUCACUUCAAGGAGUUACUCCUCGGCGUAUGACAAGAACGUGGAGGAUGAAUUGCAGGCAAGUGCAGUUCCGGAUGAUGUCAUAAAGCCAGAGUCUGAGAAAUAUUGGUCUCCUCAUCCUCAAACCGGAGUCUUUGGCCCCUCCACGACUGAGCACAGUCCAGCAGGGGAGGCUGCUCGCCAAGACUCGGCUGUGCUAGAGGAGACUGCUUGGUUUCGUCCCACAAGUCUAGAGGACUCGGACAAGUCUCACCAUGUUUAAGUCUCUCUCUUAUCUCCUUCCGUUUGUUGUACUUUCUAAUGUGUAAUGUUGUAAUAAAUCUCGAAGUAAACAAACUGCAUGGGAAGUAUUGUCCUGGAAAACUAAACCAAACCAGAACCAAAUUCGAUUUCCUAGGUUCCGGUAAUCAUUCAUGAGCUGAAACCAAACCGGUUAAGGAAAAGACGAAUAAAUAAAAUUUAAACCGGUUUACCCAGCUUGACCAAAAGAUAGAUCAUAAAUUCUCUGAAGAAUGAAAAUUAAUUAGUCAGAAAAAAUUUAGCAAGUAAGAAUCCUCUCAAGAGUUUUUCUCUUUUUUUUGUCAUCAAACUCUCUUAAGAGUUAAAAAGUUAAAACUAAUAAAUCUAAAGUUGGAACUAAAUCAGAGAGACGCAAAACUUUCUCAAGAGAGUGAAAAUAUAUACAAAACGAACCAGUGGUAUCAUUGUUCUACCUCUUCACCUGAUAUGUACGAAUAACUAACCAAAGUCUCUCUACGUAACUUGUUCUCCCUACGCCAAAUUUUCCUCAGAGCAUCACACAAUAAAAGGCUAAUGGAUGCUCAAAAGACCCAUCACUUAAAUUUUUGAAUGCUCUAAACGUGAUUCCCAAUCUACGAAAACCGCAGACAAGAAAUGGUUAUAUGUUUUGUACCUGAAAAACUUGUUUUGGCUUUGAGUAAAGAGCCCUUGUUAUUGAUCUCUUCUGCUCUCGUUAAAGGCUUUCACGGUUGGCUUUGAUGGCGGAUCUUCUCUAGUAAUCUGCUAAAUACUAGUUUGAGUGGUAUGCUGGGCCACGGUUGGUGGUCCUGGUAAUACCCGUCUGUUAGAGAUCUCGUGAGUUUGAUCCCCCAAAGUCUUUAUCCCGUUGAGUGCUUGUUCGUGGCCUUGGAAUGGGCAUUUGAUUGCAUAAUAAUUUUAUGUAAAAAUAGAGCCAGACGUCUUUAGCGUCCAACCAUCUUGGACAACUAGGCCUCUCCGGUCCCAUUAGAGAUCUCUUGGACCCUAGAUAUAACCAUUCUCUCCUUGGUUUGUAACAGGAUAGUUAUCCCUAGGCCUACUAGUUUCUCGUUUCACUUCCUUUUCAAGCUCAAGAGCAUGGAGAAUGACAUCUUCUCUACUGGGCUCGGUGCCAACCAUGGGUUCCACUUCCCACCAAGACCAAGUAAGAAUGCGAGCUCUGUGAAAAUCUUUCUGCGUGAUCUGUUGUUCUGUUCCGUCUCUUUUAAAUAAAUUAAAAGCUGUUUUGGAUCUAGAGCUGAACAAUGUGGUGGUGUUUCAUCCAUAUUUGCUUAUUUAAGCUCCCUCCACUUCUAGAGGAGAGUACAUGAUUCUUGAAUAUGAUUUUGGAAAGUAUAGUUUAAUCAAAUCUAAUUUUAUGAAACGACCUUCAAAAUCUAGUGAAAGAUAUUGAAGUAUUAUUUGAUUUGACAAGUAACUUGAUGGACAAGGAUCUAGAAGUCCAAACGGGUUUCUCUACUUAACCCAAAUAUAGAUUUUCUGUUUCAAAACAAUGAAAAAUAUAUCUUUCUUCAUCAAGAGAUUAAAUAUACUGAUAACUUUGCUGGCUUUACAAGACAAUAUAUUUUUCUAUUAUCAGCACAUGGAGAAAGUUUAAUAAUUUUUUUUAAAUAUGAUUGCCCAGUUGGCUUUACAAAACAAUAUUAUUUUUGUAUUAUCCGCACAGAAAGCAAGUUUAGUACAAAGUUAAUAUGAAUUCCCAUAAUAUUUAUUUUAUUAGUAGAUAAAGCAUGCUUAAUAGGAAAAAAAAUAAUUUGGUUGACCAAAAGAAACGUAAAAACAGAAACAAUCAUCUUUCCUAAUUUGAAAUGCUCGUUAAUUGACAGUUAUGAUCACCCUGGCAUACAUUGUCUUUUCCCUCUCUCUUCCUCCACAUCUCUUUCCUCUGCGAUUUCAACGCACGUUGAGCUCAAAAUUCAGACAAGUCAAUUGUAUAAAACGUAGAGACCGAGAUCUUUAAGAGCUUUUGUCUCCUUGAACAAACCAUACUCACGUAUCUCGGGAUCCAUAUCAAGCUGCCGCAGCCAUGGUGUUUGAUGCCGAGAAGCAAUCGAUCGUUCAUGUUGAACAGAUUGGUGAUUCAUCUUCAGGUGGGCUUAGCUCAGUACAAGAACCUCUGAUAAAGCAGAAGCACAGCCCAGAAAACUACUCUGUUCUUGCAGCCAUUCCCCCGUUUCUCUUCCCAGCUCUUGGAACAUUUCUUUUUGGCUAUGAGAUUGGUGCAACGUCUUGUGCUACCAUUUCUAUUAAGUCGCCUACGCUAAGUGGAAUCUCAUGGUACAACUUGUCUUCAGUGGAUGUUGGUAUCAUUACUAGUGGCUCAUUGUACGGUGCCUUGAUUGGAUCCAUUGUGGCAUUUAGUAUUGCUGACAUUAUAGGAAGAAGAAAAGGUUUGAUUACUGCUGCAUUCUUAUACCUUAUUGGAGCCAUUGUUACUGCAGUGGCACCUGUCUUUCCUGUCCUGAUAAUUGGACGGGUUGUGUAUGGCAUUGGAGUUGGACUGACAAUGCAUGCGGCUCCAAUGUACAUUGCUGAGACUGCACCUAGCCAGAUACGUGGACGUAUGAUAUCACUAAAGGAAUUCUCCACCGUCUUUGGGAUGGUUGGAGGAUAUGGAAUCGGUAGCCUCUGGGUUACGGUUAUUUCUGGUUGGCGUUACAUGUAUGCAACAGUUAUUCCUAUACCAGUUAUUAUGGCAAUUGGAAUGUGUUGGCUACCGGCAUCUCCUAGGUGGCUUUUACUGCGCUCUCUCCAGGGAAAAGGAGAUGUGGAGAGCUUUCAAGAGGAAGCAAUCAAGUCUCUUCGCCGCCUUAGAGGGUCUGUAGUAGUUGACAGAGCAGCUGAACAAGUAGACGAGAUCUUGGCUGAACUUUCCUCUGUGGGUGAGGAUAAAGAAGCUACAAUUUGUGAACUGUUUCAAGGCAAAUGCUUAAAAGCUCUCACUAUAGCAGGAGGUUUAGUCUUGUUCCAACAGAUAACUGGACAGCCAAGUGUGCUUUAUUAUGCACCAUCUAUACUACAGACUGCUGGCUUCUCUGCUGCAACUGAUGCAACUCGGAUCUCGAUUCUGCUCGGUCUAUUGAAGUUGGUUAUGACUGGAGUUGCUAUUAUAGUGAUCGACAAACUUGGAAGGAGGCCUUUACUUCUUGGUGGUGUUAGUGGCAUGGUGCUCUCAUUGUUCCUCCUGGGGUCAUACUACAUAUUUUAUAAUAAUGUACCAGCUGUUGCUGUGGCUGCAUUGCUACUCUAUGUGGGCUGCUAUCAGUUAUCCUUUGGCCCUAUUAGUUGGCUGAUGAUGUCAGAGAUAUUUCCCUUAAAAUUAAGAGGCAGGGGAAUCAGCAUAGCAGUGCUUGUGAAUUUCGGUACAAACGCACUUGUGACUUUCGCUUUUUCACCUAUGAAGGAGCUGUUAGGAGCUGGAGUAUUGUUCUGUGGAUUUGGGGCGAUAUGUGUACUGUCCCUCUUCUUUAUAUACUUCAUUGUGCCUGAGACAAAGGGUCUCACUCUUGAAGAGAUUGAAGCCAAAUGCCUCUAAAAGGUUUCUCAUCUUAGCUCCAUUUUAAUUGCUGCUUCACUUGCUUGAGGCUCUGAACGGAAAACACAGUAACCACAGAUGGGGUCGCCAUUUACCGUAGAGUUUCACUGUUUGGUCAAAAAGAAUUGGUGCAGUGAAGCCCGUGGCAAAAGUUUGGUGCGUUGGACAACUUCUAAAAUUCGACUGUUUUCUUAAUAUGUUUUGUAAAAUGUAAGAAAUUCCUCACGGAUUGUUGACCACUAAUGAUUGAACCAUGUACAAAUCAUUUUAUGUCUUCAUUUUAAGUUUAGUAAAAAAAAUUGUUCAAUAA